AUGGCUGAUCCUCUUAACUUCAGCAGUGGACCUGUGCCGUCUGACCCAAAACUAGGUAACUAUAGGCUGGACACAGAUUUGUGCAAAACUGUAUGUUCCAAUUUGGCAUCAUCAAACUCCCCCCUGAGAGAACUGAGUAUCAAUAUCAGCACCCUGGAAGAUGAAGGAAUGAAGCUGCUUUCUGAUGGGCUGAAGAGUUCACACUGUAAACUGGAGACACUCAGUCUUACAGGCUGUAAUCUCACAACAGACUGCAGUAAAAGUCUCUCCUCUGUUCUGACAUCAGCCAAGUCCUUCCUGAGAGAACUGCACCUCAGAAAUUGUGACUUUCAGGAUUCAGGGGUGGAGCAGCUCUCUGCUGCACUGAAGAGUUCACACUGUAAACUGGAGAUUCUCAGACUAGCAAUGUGUAAUCUUGGAGAACAGACAUGUGAAAUUUUAGGCUCAGCUCUACAACUCACAAAUAACCUCCUGAGAGAACUGGACCUGAGUAAAAAUGAUCUGCAGGAUUCAGGAGUGAAGCUGCUCUCUGCUGGACUGAAGAGUUCACACUGUAAACUGGAGAUUCUCAGACUGUCUGGUUGUUUGGUCACAGAGGAAGGCUGUUCUUCUCUGGCUUCAGCUCUGAGGUCAAACCCCUCACACCUGAAGGAACUGGAUCUGACCUACAACCACCCAGGAGAGUCAGGAGAGAAGCUGCUCUCGGCUAGACUGGAGGAUCCCCACUGCAGACUGGACACACUCAGGUUGGAGUACACAGGGAAGAUCAGAAUCAAACCAGGACUAAGAAAAUAUGCGUGUGAUCUCACACUGGACCCAAACACAGCAAACACACGUCUGUCUCUGUCUGAGGGGAACAGAAAGGUGAUGUGUGUGAGGGAGCAGCAGCCGUAUCCUGAUCAUCCAGAGAGAUUUGAUGAAUGUGAUCAGGUUGUGUGUAGAGAGAGUCUGACUGGACGCUGUUACUGGGAGGUUGAGUGGAGUGGGGAGGCUGAUAUAUCAGUGACAUAUAAAGGCAUCAGCAGGAAAGGAUACAGUGGUGACUGUGUGUUUGGAUGUAAUCUAAAGUCCUGGAGUCUGUACUGCUCUAAUAACAGUUACUCUGUCAGUCACAAUAAUAAGCAAACUGCCAUCUCUGCCCCCUGCAGCUCUAACAGAGUAGGAGUGUAUCUGGACUGGGCUGCAGGCACUCUGUCCUUCUACAGCGUCUCUCACACACACACACUCACACACUUACACACAUUCCACUCCACAUUCACUGAGCCCCUCUAUGCAGGGUUUGGGCUUUGGUAUUCUAACUGCUCAGUGUGUGUGUGUGUC